AUGGUAACGAUCCAGCGUUCGGGGUUCAUCUUGGAUAACGAAGGGAAGUUGUUAUCGGACUCCUACGAUGUGGAGAAGAAGACUCUGGGGCGAGGCACGUACGGCUCUGUAUCGAGAGCUAUGAAUAAGUCGACUAAACUGAUACGCGCUAUCAAAACCAUAUCGAAGUCGCAUUUGAAAAAUGUUGUUCGAUUUCGUCAAGAGAUUGCUAUUAUGAAAAUGCUCGAUCAUCCGAACAUAGUGAAACUGUUCGAGACCUUUGAGGAUGCUAAGAACAUCUACUUAGUAUUGGAGCUCUGUACUGGCGGAGAGCUUUUCGAUAGGAUAAUCGAUCAAGGGUAUUUCACCGAAAGGGGCGCGGCGAGUCUGAUGAAGCAAGCGAUAUCAGCGGUGUACUAUUGUCACAAGAAUAACAUCGUUCAUCGAGAUUUGAAACCAGAGAAUUUUUUAUUUUUGAAUAAGACGAAAAACUCUCCCUUGAAGAUCAUCGAUUUCGGCCUGGCCGCGAAAUUUGGCGACAAUGUUCAUUUGAAAACGAAGGCUGGCACCCCGUAUUAUGUUUCCCCUCAAGUUUUACAAGGUGAUUACAAUGAGUCUUGCGAUUUGUGGAGCUGCGGAGUUAUAAUGUAUAUUCUUCUGUGUGGCUAUCCGCCGUUCCAUGGUGACACUGAUGCGCAAAUUCUGGCUCGGGUGAGGUCUGGGAAGUACAAUUUUCCUGACGAGGACUGGAAGACUGUCAGCAGCGACGCGAAGGACCUUAUACGCAAACUAUUGACCUUCGACCAAGCGCUGAGAUGGACUGCGGAACAGGCCCUUAACCAUAAAUGGAUUAAGAACUUGGCGAAGACGGCCGAUGAUGAUGUCGAUGAGCAUCGCAAUGUAGUUUCUAGGUUGAGGAAUUUCCGAGCACAGAACAAGAUGAAAAAGGUCGCGUUAACGGUCAUAGCUCAGCAGCUGGGCGAUGCGGACAUAGAGCGUUUGAAGAAGACCUUCCAGGCUUUGGAUGAAAAUGGUGAUGGUACUUUGACAAUGCAGGAGAUUAAGGAAGGGAUGAAAUCGCUUGAUGUGUCGCUGCCUGCGGAUCUAGAGGAGAUCAUGAUGGACGUGGAUUCCGACGGUUCUGGUGCGAUUGAUUAUACAGAGUUCAUCGCAGCCACCAUCGAUAAGAAGACGUAUAUUCAAGAGGAUGUUUGUUGGGCUGCGUUUCGGCUCUUUGACCUCGAUGGAAAUGGGAAGAUAACGCAAGAGGAGCUGCAGAAGGUCCUCAGCAAUGAUGACGUCAAGACUGCCCUUGGUCAAGACACUGUGAGCAAGAUGAUCAGCGAGGUCGAUCUCGAUGGCGAUGGAGAAAUAGACUUUGAUGAGUUUAUGACUAUGAUGCACAGCUCCAACUAG